AUGAAUUCGGUCGGCUCAGAACAUCCAGAGCGUCGACCGCUAUUGGCGACGCCUCUCCAUGUAGCCACCAGUUCGCCUUGGUUGUACCCGUUCAAGGGCAUGUACUUCUUCAUGGGCCACUCGUUUCUGUGGCCUGUUCUGCGAGCGAGGUUACUGCCAUGUUUCAUCUUGUCGCUCAUUGUAUACACCUUCCUUUUCCUCGUUGCCUACCUCCCACAAGUCGCGUUCUUUGCGAUAUUCUAUGGACGUUCGCUUGCAUGGGUCAAUGCCGCAUUUCUCGUCCUCGGUGAAGGCGCUGCAAUAGUCGCGAUUCUAUUCGAGGCAUUCUUCGUGGACGAAGGCUUGGCUGACAUCUUCGACGCUGUGCUUAUCCACGAAGGGCUGGAUGACCUAGUGGCUCAAGGCCGUGAUCUCGUUCCAGAUGGCGCGGAUCCAGUCAAGAAGCUGGGCAAGUCCCGAAUAUCGCAUGUCUACAGCCCGUUUUCUUUCCGCCAAAUUUGCGAGUUCGUUAUACUCCUGCCUCUAACAUUUGCGCCUGUCGUGGGCACGCCAAUAUUCCUGGUCUUGACGGGUUACCGUGCGGGCCCCUUGCAGCAUUGGCGGUACUUCAAGCUUCUCGGUCUCACCGAGAAAGACAAGAAGCAGGCGAUCAAGCGCAGACAGAGAAAAUAUACAUGGUUCGGCACGGUGCAUUUGGCUCUGCAACUUAUCCCAGGGCUAAGUAUGUUGUUUCUGCUCACAACUUCGGUGGGAUCGGCGAUGUGGGCGGCCAAAUUGGAGAAGAAACGAAGGUUGGCAGCGGUAAUCGUUCAAGACAUUGCUUUAGGCCUUAGCACUGUAUGA